AUGGCGUCUAGCAUGAAUGCUCCACUUUUCGGUCCUUCUUACUUGUGUGAAGAUGAUGUUCCUGGUAGUAGUUUGGAGAGAAAAGAACCGAAUAGACUUAAGAAUAAUGAAUUGAAGUUUUGGCUGAAAUGUCGGGGCGAUUCUUUGAAAGGUUUAACAACUAAAGCUCAACUUUGUAAACGUGUCAACGAAUACCUACAAGCUGGUUUCGCGCAUUUUAUAGUGGAUCCUGAUAAAGAUUUCAUUUAUACGAAGAGAAAACAACGACGUCUUCUUCAAAAAGAAACACAAAGCGACGCCGUCAUUGACACCGAAGUCGCACGUGUUCCAAGUACCGACAGUGCGGAUUCUGAAUAUAACCGAAAGCCUAAGUUCCCUAAGUGGCUGGAA